GCGUGCGCUGCUUACGCCUUCAUAGGCGUAAGCAGCGCACGCUCAUGCCUUGUAAACGCAACGAAUAGUAGUACUACACAAAACUUUUUAAAAUCACCGACAUGGAUGGAGUGUGCGGUUUUGCAAGUGUUAUAGACAUCGAUAAAAAAGAAGAUAUUAACAGUCACAAGAAAAAAACGAAAGUUUUUAUUUUAGGCGAUGAACAUAUCAAAUUACUGUCUGAAAAACUCUGUAAAUCCCGUAAACACUUGCACGACGACCCAUAUACAAUUACAAUAAUGGUGAAGCAAGGCGCAUCCUGUUCUCAAGUCUUAAGCAGUUGUGAUGAGUUAAAACAUUCAUUGAGUGCGAAUGAUAUAGUCAUAUUGUCUUUGGGCGCAAAUGAUAGGAAUCCAUAUUUUUUGUUAUCACAAUUGAAUAUUGCAUUACAUAAAUUAAGACAUUUUAAGGUAUAUGUUACUAAUGUAUAUUUAAAUAGAUGUUUGAAUACAAGACUACUUAAUUAUAACAUAAAAUUACUAACACAAAAUUUUGACAAUUGCAUGUUUUUGGAGUUGAAUAAUGAUUGUUAUAAAACAAACAGAACCCUAUAUUUAAAUGACUUAUGUUUUAAAAUUAAUAUAGAACUCGAUUAUUUUCUAUAUAAAUCUAGAUAUCUAGAACCACAUAAAAUAAAAGAAUUUCUUAGUAGAAAAUAUGCAACCCAAUUUAGAUCCCAGGAAAUAAAAAUAGGGAAAAAAAUAGUACAAAAAAAAUUACUUUCUAUUUUUCUAAUUCUAAAAACCAAGAUUAUGAUAAAUCUUUUUUUUCUCGGUUAAAAAGAAAUUAACUUUGUUGCAUCAGAACAUAGCUAGUAUUUUAAGUAAACAAGACCUUCUCAAUUUAUAUCUGGGCGAACUAAGUAGGGAAAUAGGAAGUAUCCAUUUCAUAUGCUUGACUGAAACAUUUAUGAAAAAAAAUUCUGAAAAUAAUUUGGUCAUACCCAACUACAGAAUUGCGGCUACUUAUUGCAGACAUCCAUGUAGAGGUGGUUCUU